GACUGAGGUGGAGGACCAAGAGCAGACGUAUGUUGUGAGUUUGGAGAGGGAGACUUGUGCAUGUCGAAGCUGGCAAAUGAAUGGUAUUCCAUGCAUCCAUGCUGCUAAGGUCAUCCUUGGUGCGAAAAGGAAGCUUUCUGAGUUUGUUGCUCCUUGCUACACAACAAACCAGUGGCGUGAAACCUACAGUUAUGGGAUCAGUCCUUUAAAUGGGAUGAUAGAGUGGCCUCAGACCAAUAGAUUAGGUGUGAUUCCACCACCUAAUCGAAAUGGCAAGCCUGGUAGGCCUAAAAACCAUGAUCGAAAGAAGGGAACCAAUGAGACAGUGUCUACUACCAAGCUGAGCCGUGCGAACAGGGUGAUGACAUGCUCUAAUUGCAAAGAAGAAGGGCACUACAAGAAUACAUGUCGGAAGGCUUUUGUCCCGAGUUCACCUAAGAAACCAAGAGGCAGACCAAGGAAGUAUCAGGGACUACAUUUUGAAGAGUCACAAGCUCAAACCUCCCAAGCUCAAUCCUCACAACCUCACUUAUCACAAGCUUCCCAAGCUCACUCCUCACAAACUGAAGCAUCACGAUGGGAAGUUCCUCAAUCUACCCAAGCAUCACAGACUGGAGCGUGGGAAAGAUGGUUCUCUUAGAACUACUCUUUUGUUUGUUGUGUGAUGUUGUCUCUCUCGGAUUUAUGUUUUGUUGUAUGAUGGAUGAUGUACUUCUUUUUCUUUUGUUUAGCUGUUUUCUUAAACAAUGAUGAUGGUUGUGUGAUGUUGUCUCUCUCUUUGCUGUUUUCUUAAACAAUGAUGAUGGUUGUGUGA